CGCGACGAAAAGAGUCGAGUCUAACCGAAUUUCUUCGCCGUGAUAUUAGCCACAACAAAAAAUUAGUAACAUUCGCGUAAAAACUUUUCGGCAAUAUAUGUUUUUCGGGUUCUUUUUGUGAUUCACCGUUGCUCUCGAGUAUAUAGUGCUUCGCUAAAUCAAGUUUUUAAAUCCAAGCGAAGCUCGUUUAAACAUUGGAUGUCAACAAUGGCAGAUGAACAGCAGCAGUUUUUUCUUAAAUGGAACGAUUUCCAAUCUAAUAUGGUAUCAUCGUUUAAACACCUACGAGAUGAAAAAAGUUUCACAGACGUGACAUUAGCUUGUGAUGGUCAAACUUGUAAAGCACAUAAGAUGGUGUUAUCUGCUUGUAGUCCUUAUUUUAAAUCUUUGUUAGAAGAAAAUCCGUCCAAACAUCCCAUUAUAAUUCUAAAAGAUGUUGCAUACAGUCAUCUUCAAGCUAUUUUGGAGUUUAUGUAUGCAGGAGAAGUUAAUGUUUCUCAAGAUCAGUUGCCUGCAUUUCUUAAAACUGCUGAUCGACUUAAAGUUAAAGGGUUAGCAGAAGCACCAGGUGCCAUUAAAAGAGAGGGUUAAUGUUACACUUAUAGUUAUGAAUAUUGGGAGACGUGCGGAGUGAAAGAAAAGUGUAAUAAUGUAAAGUGAUUGCGUAAAGACAUAUACCACACACUAUAAAAAACACACAUUACGUGUGCACAACUCAGUGUCCUCUGGUUCAUGACUUGGAUCAACACACGGCGACAAUGUAAAUUAUGCCUUUUCUUAAUCUCAGUUAAUGUUAAUGUUGUAUUGAAUGUAUGUAUACAAAUAUGGUAGAGAUGUUGAUGUUUGUCUUGAACCCGUUGCGCCAUGUGAUGGCAACAACAACAUUGAUUAUUUUUUUAUAACAAAGUGCUGCAGAAACUAAUAAGUGGGUCACCAUAGUUUACAAUACACCGAACAGUUUUGUGGAUCAAAUGGAAAUGUUAAAAGACAUCUUUACAACUGCUGUUUUUAAAA